GCAAUAAACCUAAGCGACGUCUCUUAAUGAGGGACAAGAAAAGGAACGAGAAGAGACAUCUCUUGUGAUUCCUCUUCCUCCCUCUUCACCUUCUCCAGAACUUGAUCUCACUUCAUCGCAGAUCCUGAUCAAUUAAAGUACACGAUCUUGCUGGAGAGGCUUCCGCUCAGACAUUUGAAGGAAUCGGCGGCGAAACCACAACCAAGGCCGAGCAGCGUCGUUGGCAUAGAGGAAGAGAAAGGCAUUAAGAGUAAGAAGAAGAAGAUGGCUGAAAGUUUCGAGGAGCUAGGGCUAAGCGAGGAAGUGAUGGGAGCUUUGAAAGAGAUGAGCAUUGAGGCUCCUACUGAGAUUCAAUGUAUCGGAAUACCUGCUGUUAUGGAUCGCAAGAGCGUCGUCUUGGGAUCUCACACCGGCUCCGGCAAGACUCUUGCCUACUUGCUUCCUAUUGUUCAGCUGAUGAGAGAAGAUGAGGCAACCCUUGAGUCUCAAGUCGAUGAGAAAGCUCGCGAGGUUAAGGGCAAAGACGAGUUGGUAGCAGAGGAGGAGAAGCUGCUCAAAGAAAAAGAAGACAAGAUUGUUUCCUUGCAGACUGAAGUCUCAUCGUUACAAGGAUCAUCAGAUUCUGCAAAACAGUUGGGAAAGGUUCAAGCACGAGUUGUUGAGUUAGAGAAGCAGGUGGAGGUACUGGGAACUUCUUGGAGCAAAAGAACAAGGAGAAAACUUCCACAGAAGCUCGGACUAAAGAGGCUGAGAAAAAACUAACCGAACUAAACUCGAGCCUAGACAAAGCUCCUCAUUUAUGCAAUAGACAUGGUUGUUGGAACCCCUGGUAGAAUCCUUCAGCAUAUCGAAGAAGGAAACAUGGUCUAUGGAGAUAUCGCAUAUUUGGUGCUGGAUGAGGCAGACACUAUGUUUGAUCGUGGCUUCGGUCCUGACAUUCGUAAGUUUCUUGCCCCACUGAAACAGCGUGCGUUGAAAACAAAUGACCAUGGGUUUCAAACCGUCUUAGUCACUGACACCAGAAUAAGCACAUGGGCUUCCUCUUGAUACUCAACAGUUUACAAUGUGAGUGAUUGGUGUUGUUCUGUUUCAUGUUACAUGUUCUUCUUUUGUUGUUCUUGUUAUUGAUUAUGGUGUGUUAUUACUUGAAUUGUGAAGAUAUACAAAGCUUAUUCUCAUUGA